UUUGGACUCACCACAGUUGAUGCAUCUCGACCAGCCGAUAAACUGAACUAGAUGAACAUUUAAUUUCUCAUAUUUCAGUAAGGACUCGUAAGAGAAAGUAUGGAAGCUAACAACAACGGAACGGGAAAGAAAGCAGAGGAUCAAGCCCACACUCUAAAUAUAAAUAGGACACCAGAUACGGAUGCAGACCUCACAGCAAAGGAUUCCCAGCCACCCUUCAAAGCCAUUGUCCAAGGUCAGCCUGCCACUUCUGCGGAGAACGGAGAAAACAACCCUAGGGUCCAACCUGGCCCUGUAGCAGAUAAGGAAAAUGCUAUUAAGCCAAAACUCCAGAUCACUUUUAGCACAUUUACUGUUAAGAAUGGUGAAGAUCUGAAAGUAGAGAUCCCAGUGGUUGGGGACCCAGCACCAAAGAUUGAAUGGAGAAAAGAUGGUCAGGCAGUCAAAGAGACAUCGAGGCUAGAGGUUUUAAAUACAUCGUCAUUAACAGUUCUUCAUAUCAGACAUGCUGCCAGGGAGCACUCUGGUCAAUACGCUAUCAUAGCAAGCAACAGUGCUGGAAAAUAUACAGGAGAAAUCACUGUGGUUGUUCUUGAGAAGCCGGACCCACCCACCGGGCCUGUGAGGAUUGAUGAGGUCAGUUCUGACUAUGUUACCAUUUCCUGGGAGCCACCAGACUACACAGGAGGCUGUCAGCUAGACAACUACAUAGUGGAGAAACGAGAAACUACAAGUACAGAAUGGCAGACUGUGUCAGCAACGACAGUAAGAACCACAAUCAAAGUCACCAAACUGAAGACAGGAAGUGAAUACCAAUUCAGAGUGUUUGCAGAAAAUAGGUAUGGAAAGAGUACUGCAAUCACCUCUCCUAUUGUAACUGCACAAUAUCCUUUUAGUGUGCCAAUUGCUCCUGGCACUCCCUUUGCAUCCACAGUGACAAAGUACAGCAUGGUGGUUGAAUGGGAGCCUCCAGCCAAAGAUGGAGGCAGCCCUAUCGUUGGCUAUCACCUUGAACGCAAGGAAAAGAACAGCAUUUUAUGGACCAAGCUGAACAAACUUGUUAUACCUGAUGCCCGCUUCAAAACAAGUGGACUAGUGGAAGGCAUUGAAUAUGAAUUCCGAGUCUUUGCUGAGAAUAUUGCUGGACUCAGCCCAUCUAGCAAGAUCUCUGAAUCAUAUGUGGCAAGAGACCCCUGUGAUCCACCUGGUAAACCUGAAGCUGUUGUCAUUACUAGAGAGAACAUCACACUUCAGUGGGCAAAACCCAGGUUUGAUGGUGGAAGCACCAUUACGGGCUACGUUGUUGAAAAGAAGGAGCUCCCGGAUGGCAGAUGGAUGAAGGCAAACUUCACCAAUGUUAUUGAGAAUCAGUUCACACUCACAGGUCUGACCGGAGGCCAAACUUACGAGUUUAGAGUAACUGCUAAGAAUGGUGCUGGUGUUUGGAGCACACCUUCAGAAAGUGUAACCAUCAUCGCUCAGGAUGUUAUUGAAGGACCCACAGCAUUCAUUGAUCCUAAGUACAAGAGUACUACUGUUGUUCAGGCUGGUGAGACAUUCGUUAUUGAUGCAGAUUUCUUUGGGAAGCCCCUCCCAGAAGUAACAUGGCUGAAGGAUGGAAAAGAAAUUGACAAAGCUACCCAGAGAAUGGAGGUCAAAAACACCCUCACUCACACAACUCUGACAGUCAGGGACUGUAUACGAGUGGAUGGGGGACACUUUGUCUUGAGCCUCAGCAACAUUGGCGGAACUACAUCUAUCCCAGUUCAUGUGAAGGUCCUGGAUAGACCUGGUCCUCCAGAUGGACCUCUGAAGUUGAAAGUUGUCAGUGCAGAAAAAUGUAAUCUUCACUGGAACCCCCCUGUAAACGAUGGCGGUGCCAGUGUUUCCCACUACAUCAUUGAAAAAAGAGAGACCAGUCGUGUUACAUGGACUGGGGUUGAUCCUCAAGUUGAAGCUGUCAGUUACAAAGUGACAAAGCUGGUACCAGGUAAAGAAUACAUAUUCAGGAUUGCUGCCGUGAAUACAUUUGGUGUUGGUGAAUUUCUGGAAUCAGAUCCCUUCAUUGCACAAAACCCUUUUACGACACCAAGUGCACCAUCUACCCCUACAGUCAGCACUGUGACUGGUGACUCUAUAGUGCUAACAUGGGAAAGGCCUGAGACUGAUGGAGGCUCAGAGAUUGAUGGCUACAUCCUGGAGAAACGUGACAAAGAGGGUGUCAGGUGGACUAAAUGCAACAAGAGAAGACUAAAUGACUUGCGUUUCAGAUGCACAGGUCUCGCUGAGGGACAUUUCUAUCAGUUUAGAGUAUUGGCAGAGAAUGCUGCCGGUGUGGGUGCACCCAGUGAGCCAAGUGAGUACAUAAAAGUAUGUGAAGCUACUUACCCACCUGGUCCUCCUACCAACCCCAAAGUGACAGAUUAUUCCAGCAGUACUAUAUCUCUGACCUGGUCAAAGCCCAUUUAUGAUGGUGGAGCAGCCAUCAGUGGAUUUGCAGUUGAGAUGAAAGAAGCAGCAGAAGAUGAAUGGAUCACAUGCACACCGAGCACAGGUGUAGAGGACACAAACUACACUGUAAAGAGACUGAGAGAAAAUGCAGAGUACAAUUUUCGUAUAUGUGCAAUGAAUGCCGCUGGAGUUGGAGAAUAUGUGGAUCUACCUGGGUCUGUGGUAGCUGCUGAAAAACUAGAGGCACCUGAGAUUGAGUUGGAGACUACCUUGAGAAAGAUUGUCAGUGUUCGAGCCUGUUCCACAUUACGUCUCUUUGUCACCAUCAGAGGAAGGCCAGAGCCAGAGAUUAAGUGGUCAAAGGAAGGUGGCACUCUCAGUGAGCGUGCUCAAAUUGAAGUAACAAGCUCCUACACUGAGUUAUUGAUCGAGAAUGUCAAUAGAAAUGACACAGGAAAAUAUGUGUUGACUGCUGAGAACUGCAGUGGCUCUAAAUCAGCAUUUAUCAAUGUCAGGGUAUUGGAUUCCCCCAGCGCACCAACAAACUUACAGGUAAAGGAUGUAAAGAGAGACUCCGUGUCCAUCUCCUGGGACGCACCUCUCAUUGACGGUGGAGCAAAGAUUUCACACUACAUCGUAGAAAAGCGAGAGGAGGCUAGGAAGGCAUUUUCAAGCAUCUGUAGCAACUGUGUGAGAAACUCAUACAAGAUUGACAAUCUCCAGGAAGGAUGUUUCUAUUAUUUCCGUGUCCUUGCUGUGAAUGAUUUUGGGGCUGGACUGCCAGUAGAGACCACUGAGGCUGUUAAAGUGUCUGAAGCUCCACUGCCUCCUGGCAAAAUCACUCUCAGUGAUGUUACUUGCAAUAAUGCAAGACUCUCUUGGGAGAAGCCUGACCAUGAUGGAGGAAGCAAAAUCACGUGUUAUAUUGUAGAAAUGCAGAUUAAGGGAGAUGACACAUGGACAAUAUGUUCAGAGAGUAAAGCACAGGAAGUGACUAUUAAUGGGCUGGAAAAAGGAAAGGAGUAUUUCUUUAGAGUAAGUGCUUUGAAUGAAAAGGGAAAAAGUGAACCAAAGUCUCUUUUCGCACCAGUUAUAGUAAAUGAUAAUAGGGCUGAGCCCAUUAUUAAUUUGCUGUCCAACACAUUCAGUGUGAGGGCAGGAAAUGAUUUAAAAAUCGAUGUUCCAUUCAAGGGUGUACCACUGCCAACAGUGGCCUGGAAGAAAGAUGGCAACUUGAUAAAAGAGACGAGCAGGGUAAAUGUACACACAUCUGACACAUCAUCUCAGAUUAUUAUCAAAGAUGCAACCAGAAUAGACUGUGGCAAGUAUGAAAUGACCCUGGUCAACUCAGUUGGAACGACAACUGCUGAAAUCUUUGUUAAUGUUUUUGAAAGACCUGGACCACCAAGUGACCUCAGUGUGGAUGAAGUGAGUGCUGACUUUAUGUCUUUGUCAUGGCAGCCCCCACAUUAUACUGGCGGGUGUCAAAUCAGUAAUUAUGUUGUUGAGAAGAGAGAUACAGGCAGCACAGUAUGGCAGACUGUGUCAGCUACAGUGGCUAGAACAUCAAUCAAAAUUUCCCGCCUGACACAGGGCACUGAAUACCAGUUUCGUAUCGCUGCAGAGAAUCGCUAUGGCAAGAGCCACUUUGUUGAGUCUGAUGCUGUUUUUGCCCAGUAUCCCUUUAAGCCGCCUGGUCUGCCAACCAAUCUCCGUGUUGUGAAUGCCUCAAAGUCCAUCAUGGUGGUUGCAUGGAGCAAGCCAGACAAUGAUGGUGGCAGCCCGAUUAUUGGUUAUCAUAUUGAAUGCAAAGAUCAAAGCAGUAUUUUGUGGACAAAGUUAAACAGAAGCCCAGUGACUGAGAACCAGUUCAAAGUAACAAGUGUUGAAGAAGGUCUGAUAUAUGAGUUUCGGGUCUCUGCUGAGAAUAGGGCUGGUAUAGGACCAUGCAGUAAGGCAUCCGAGCCUGUAGCGGCAAGAGACCAGUGCGAUCCCCCACGCAACCUCACAGUCACCAAUAUAACCAACAGCUCAGUUUCCCUCUCAUGGGACAAACCAGAAUAUGAUGGUGGGGCUAAAAUAACUGGCUACAUUGUUGAGCGUAAAGAGCUGCCAGAUAGUUGCUGGCUAAAGUGCAACUUCACCAACUUACAGGACACCUUCUUGGAAGUGACUGGCCUCACAGAGGGUGAGGAGUAUGAUUUUCGUGUGAUUGCAAAAAAUGCAGCUGAGCUCUUUAGUGCCUCUUCUGAAACCACAGGACCAGUUACAGUGCAGCAUGACGUGGAGCCACCCAAAAUUAUCUUGGAAGACAAAUACAGACAGGUGUUGGUUGUCAAAGCAGGAGAGCUCCUAAGAAUAGAUGCUGACAUCUCCGGUCGCCCCAACCCUACUGUGUUUUGGUUGAAGAAUGGUAGAAAUAUUGGCACUAAGGGAAGGGUUGAGAUAACUGCAACAAAGGUGCAUACCUCUCUACUUAUCCGAGAAAGUGUGAGGAAAGACUCUGGACAGUAUACUCUGACCCUACAAAAUACAGGGGGUACUACAUCUAAGGCUAUCACCUGCAAGGUCCUGGACAGGCCCGGUCCACCCGCUGGACCUCUGGAAGUGUCGGGAUUAUCAGCAGACAAAUGCACCCUAUCAUGGGGACCCCCUCAUGAGAAUGGCGGUGCUGAAAUCAUGUACUAUAUUGUUGAGAAGUGUGAAACCAGCCGCGUAGCUUGGAUCCUUGUGUACGGUGACAUGAUGGCAACUACUUGCAAAAUAACCAAGCUGCUCAAAGGUAAUGAAUACCUUUUUAGGAUAAGGGCAGUGAACAAGUAUGGGGAAGGUGAGAAUUUGGAAAGUGAGCCUAUCAAGGCCAUGGAUCCCUUUAGUAUCCCAUCUGCUCCGAUGGAUGUUGAGGUCACAAGUGCAACAAGUGAUGCUAUGACUAUCUGCUGGAAGAGACCUGUCACUGAUGGCGGCAGUCGUAUCAGCGGUUACAUUAUAGAGAAGAGGGAAAAGCAGGGUGUUCGCUGGGUUCGUGUCAAUAAGAAACCAGUCUAUGACCUACGUGUCAAAGCCUCCUGUCUGCACGAGGGAUGCGAGUAUGAAUUUAGAGUUUUUGCUGAGAAUGCUGCUGGGUUAAGUGAACCCAGUCUUCCAUGCCCACUCACCCUGGCAGAGGAUCCAAAGUUUCUACCUUGCCCUCCUGCCAAACCCACCAUAAUGGAUUCAUCCAGGUCCUCUAUCACUCUGUCAUGGAACAAGCCGCUGUUUGAUGGUGGAGCAGCAGUCACUGGGUACAAAGUUGAAUUCAGAAAGUCAACAGAAGAAGACUGGACUGUUGGUGUGUAUAACACAGAUAAAACUGAGUUUACAGUUACUGGACUCACUUCUGGGACAGAGUAUGUGUUUAUUGUGAGAUCCAUAAAUAAGAUUGGCAUCAGCGAGCCCAGUCCUGAAACAGAUCCUCAGGUGGCCAUGGAGAGAGAGGAGGAGCCCAGGUUUGAUGUUAGCACCGAGAUGAGGAAGACCCUGCUUGUUAAAGAUGGCAGCUCCUUCACUUUGACUGUGCCUUUCACAGGCAAACCUGUUCCUAGUGUGACAUGGGAUAAAGCAGAUGUAGAUCUGAGAGUCAGAGGACUGAUCAACACCAGCAGCUCCGUCACCUCUAUUACAGUGGAAGGGGCAACACGUGAUGACUCUGGCAAAUACACUGUGAAACUGCAAAAUGUUGCUGGAUCUGUCUCUUUGACACUGAAGGUGAGGGUUUUGGAUUCACCUGGUCCACCAACUCAUGUAGCAGUUAAAGAUGUGACCAAGAACUCUGCCACUGUUUCCUGGGACAUCCCAGAGAAUGAGGGAGGAGCCCCUGUCAACAACUACCUUGUAGAUAUACGGGACAUCAGCAGAAAAGGGUGGACAAGACUCACGGAUAAAUGUCGCCGACUGUCCUACAAGGUGUCUGACCUGGAGGAGGGAGGAAUCUACUUUUUCAGAGUCACCGCCGAAAAUGAGUAUGGGAUCGGUGUUCCAGCUGAGACCAAGGAGGGAACAAAAAUGACAGAUACAACAGACUGGGAGACAAAUCCAGGAGCUUAGGUCGUCUCCCUCUCAAGCGUUGAACUGAUCAUUUCCUGAUCUUUCUGUGAAGAUCCUCCUCUAUUUCUCAUCUUCAUUCAGUGUUGUUCAGAAAAAUCAGUUAGCGAAUGUAAAUUGAUACUUUGCCUGAAGCUGCGGUUUUGUAGAUUUAUGAUUACGUUUCUUUUCUAAAUGUUUGUGUACUAGUAUGCCUUAUUAACAGAUUUUGUUUAUAGAAGAAAAUGCAUUGAUGCACUGAUUUUAGUUCAGAAAUAAUAACUAAAAAAUGGUGCUGU